GAGCUUUUAUUUUGUUAAAAUCCAUAUCCGGAAGUGUCAGGCCCGCUCUGAAUCUCGAGAGAUAAACAAAGGCUAAUACUUCAAGAGGAACGUGUUUUAGUUAGACGAGUUCGGUACAAAUAUGAAGAAAUUUAACAUUAACCUUGAUGAUUCAGCUUUUACCAAAGAAAGAACGCUGUUAAAGCCACAUUUUCAGCCUACAUCCAAAGGACAGGAGGAACCUUCAGCUUCCGGAGGAUCCUCUGUAAAUCCUCCGCCAAAAUUGGCCCAGCAGCCCCUCUCCUAUGCAGAAUACAUAGUUCAGAGUAAAAGCAGUGGGGUUACUGUACCCAAGAACGUUCCCUCCAGAGUUCUCAGUCACAGUUUGGAGCAUGUAGAGCCUCAUUCCACCUCAUCUACCACCACAGCAAACCAGGACAGUGAAAAAGAAACUGAUGUUCCACCUAGAGACUUAGAAAAAAAUGAAUUACCAGUGAAUGAUGAGUCCUGUCAAAAGUCGGAUCCAAGCCUCAUCCCUGGCCCUAAACCAGUAGGAUCUGGAAGCAGCAUUAUAGUUAGUCCUCGACAGAGGGGAAAUCCUAUUCUAAAGUUCGUCAGAAACGUAGCGUGGGAGUUUGGAGAAAUUGUGCCAGAUUAUGUCUUGGGUCAGACAACAUGUGCUCUAUUCCUCAGUCUUAGGUAUCAUAACCUCAACCCAAACUAUAUUCAUGACCGUCUGAAAAAGCUUGGCAAUUCCUUCACCCUCCGUGUGUUGCUGGUUCAAGUAGACGUGAAAGAUCCCCAUCAUGCGUUAAAGGAACUGGCUCGGAUCUGUAUGAUGGCUGACUGCACUCUGAUUUUGGCCUGGAGUCCAGAGGAAGCUGGCCGUUACCUGGAAACGUACAAGUCAUAUGAAAAGAAACCAGCGGAUCUCUUAAAGGAGCAAGUUGAAAAGGACUAUCUGUCAAGAGUUACAGAUUGCCUGACCACUGUGAAGUCUGUAAACAAGACCGAUGCCAUUACUUUGCUUUCUACUUUCUCUUCAGUGGAGGGAAUCAUCAGUGCCUCAAAAGAAGAACUGCUUCUCUGUCCUGGCCUUGGACCACAAAAGGCGAGGCGACUUUACGACGUGCUCCACAUGCCCUUUCUCAAGUCAAAGUCAAAAGACAGCUGAGGCGUCUUAUUAGAGACGUGUAAAUGUGUUGGCACAAAAACAAAGCUAUAAUGCAAAAUAAAAUACAAACCCAGGAUGGCAUUACCAGCAGCAAAUGCCUAUUUUUAGAAAUAUAAGGCGAAUAAAGUGCUAUCAGACUUAUCUGAGAAUCAAAUGAGGUUUUUAAGUGUUGCAUAGAUUUCAUGUGUUUGUUGUUGUUUGUUCGAAAAGCCUUGGAUGAGUUUUUUAAAACUAAUAAAUAUUUGUAUAUUUUC